AUGGCCAAAAAGACGAAGAAAUCCGCCGAGCACAAGGAGCGUGUCGCGGCAAAGCAGUCAAAGAAGUCCGCACAGAAAGAAAAAAGAUCCAAAGCCAAGGGCAAGGAUGCAGACAGCGACGCCGAAGAUGCCGAUUUGGAUGCCAUCUUGGCUCAGUACGCCGAAGAACAGGCAAGAUUCUUGAAGGUGACCGAAGUCGCCUCCGAGCCGCCUAGCCCUCGUUCCUCGUCAACAGUGCUGGGGUCUCCGUCAAACCGAAACGAGCUGUUGGUUUUUGGCGGAGAGUACUUUGAUGGGACGCAUGCCACCUUCUUCAACAAUUUGUUCGUCUAUCUGAUUGAUCGGAGCGAAUGGAGAGAAGUUACUAGUCCCAACAGUCCCCUUCCUCGAAGUGGUCAUGCAUGGUGCCGUGGAGGAAACUCUGGAGGCAUUUACAUGUUUGGAGGAGAGUUCUCGUCACCUAAACAGGGUACGUUCUACCAUUACAACGACUUCUGGCACCUAGACACAUCUACGAGAGAAUGGACUCGGCUCGAGUCUAAAGGCAAAGGCCCUCCCGCUAGAAGCGGUCAUCGCAUGACUUAUUUCAAGAACUACAUCAUUCUCUUUGGCGGUUUCCAAGAUACCUCUCAGCAGACAAAGUACCUGCAGGACCUCUGGAUCUAUGACUGUAACCAGUACACCUGGUCCAAUCCCACUUUGUCCAUUUCCUCCCAAAAGCCCGAUCCUCGCUCAUCAUUCUCUUUGCUACCACAUGAGACUGGAGCGGUUCUCUACGGAGGCUACUCACGAGUGAAGGCAGCUGCAGGGGGUGGUAAGCAAGGCAAGGGUGGCCCCCAGAAAAUGGCUCUCCGGCCGAUGGUUCACCAGGACACUUGGUUCCUAAGAAUUACACCCCCUGCACCGGAGGCACCAUCUUCAACGCCACCUGCAGUUCGAUGGGAGCGACGAAAGAAGCCCGCCAAUACGCCCAAUCCACCCCGCGUUGGAACCACCAUGGCGUACCACAAGGGCCGUGGAAUUAUGUUUGGCGGUGUCCACGACGUGGAACUGACCGAGGAGGGCAUUGACAGCGAGUUCUUUGAUGCCAUGUUUGCUUGGAACACGGACAGAAACCGGUUCUUCCCGUUGAGUCUGCGACGUCCUCGGGCGCCCGGCAAGAAGCAGCAAGCAAACCAAAAUGCGAAGUCUAAGAACAGAGGCAAGGCAGAUGAGGAAGAGCUUCUGGCGAACCUCAAAGCUCUGGAAGCUAAAGUGGGCAUCCAGGCCGAUGACGAUGAUGAUAUGGAAAUUGGCACGCCUCAACCUGAAGAGCCCGUGGAGCCUGCAAAGCCCUCUGUUGUUCGCUUUGAAAUGCCCCACAAGCGGUUCAAUGCCCAGCUUGCUGUGCAGGAUGAUACCUUAUUUAUCUUUGGUGGCACGUUCGAAAAGGGCGACCGGGAAUUCACUUUCGACGAUAUGUACUCCGUCGAUCUAGUCAAGUUGGACGGCGUUAAAGAGCUGUUUUACAGGGAGCCUGAGAAUUGGAACCUCCUCAACGAAGUGGAAGACAGUGACGAAGACAUGGACGACGAAGACGAGGAUGAGAUGGAUGAAGAUGAUGAGGCAGACGCCGAUGCGAUGUCUUUGGACGCUCCUUCGCCUGCCCCAACAGAUGUGACGGUACCGUCUGUUACCAAGGAUAUGGAACAACUAGAAGUCGAGGAGCCAGAAGAGCAAAAUGUCAACGAUAGCAGGCCCUUGCCUCGGCCGUUCGAGAGCUUGCGGGAGUUCUUCAGCCGCACAUCGGAAGAAUGGCAAACUAUCAUGAUGGAAGUUGCCAAGGAGAGGGGACAGGCUGGCGAGAAGACAAUCAAGGAGCUGCGCAAGGCAGCGUUCUCCAUGGCCGAAGAAAAGUGGUGGGAUAGCCGAGAGGAGGUUAUGGCUCUGGAAGAUGAGCAAGAAGAGGCCGGUAUCGGGGAGGUUGUUAGCAUGUCUGAUCGUACUGACAACAUGGGAGGUGCUGGUCGUCGCCGCUGA